GCAUGAGAGGCCUGUGAAGUGUUGGCCAGCACGCAGCUUCUCUCUCUGUUUUUACAGUAGGAGCUGUCACACCGAGUGGGAGUGCAGCGUUUCCAAUGUGUCACUCGUGUGAAUAGCUUCCUAACCGGUACAAUCCAAACCUCUGCGUCCUCACAGGGCAGCGAUGUCUCCAAACACCCGCAUGGAUUUCAUGGAAGCGAUGUGUUUCCCUUGUUCCUUUUACGCACCGUCCUAAACGCGUCUUUUGGUGAAAACGAAAUGUCCUGGAUGUAUUUUCUCCGGAGAUUUUAAAGUGAAGGGAAGCGCAGCUCGCUGGAGAAGCCAUGUGGAGAGCGGCCACGUCCCUCGGUGGGAGCACCGGAGGCAAAAAGCCCCACUAACAGGAGAUCAUUAUUUACCCUUUCUUUGGGGGAAAAAAGGUCCGUCGAUGAGGAAACAAAGAGGGUAGAGAUGGUAGAGAAUGGCCACACCUGACCUUCUUGACCCGAAGUCUGCCGCCCAUAACUGCAAGCCUCGCCUGUCCUUCUCCAUCCAACCGGUAGUGCUUUACACCCCAGAGGACGAGUGUGAAACCCGGACUACAGUGAUGAGGUGGAAAACGGUGUCAGCCAUCUUCUUCAUGGUGGUGCUUUACCUCAUCAUUGGAGCAACAGUGUUCAGAGCCCUGGAGCAGCCUUACGAGAGCUCCCAGAAGCUGGCCAUUCUCGCAGAAAAACUCGACUUCCUGGCCAUGCACGCAUGCGUAAACUCCUCCGAGCUGGAGGAUUUGGUCAAGCAAGUGGUUUCAGCAGUCCGGGCAGGUGUGAACCCCACAGGAAAUGCCUUUAAUCAGACGAGCCUCUGGGACAUCAGUUCUUCCUUUUUCUUUGCUGGGACUGUUAUCACCACUAUCGGAUUUGGGAACAUCUCUCCUCACACAGAAGGUGGGCGGAUCUUCUGUAUUAUUUACGCUCUGCUUGGGAUUCCCCUGUUUGGAUUCUUAUUGGCUGGUGUCGGGGACCAGUUGGGGACCAUUUUUGGGAAGGGCAUCGCCAAAGUAGAGAAGAUGAUUGUGAAGUGGAAGGUCAGCCAGACGAAGAUCCGUGUUAUCUCCACUCUGAUCUUCAUCCUGUUCGGGUGCCUCAUCUUCGUGGCGCUGCCAGUCAUCAUCUUCAAGCACAUUGAGGGCUGGAGCACUCUGGAGUCCAUCUACUUUGUUGUCAUCACCCUCACCACGAUCGGCUUCGGGGACUUUGUCGCUGGGGAAAAAGGUGGGUCAGAUAAUCCAGAGUUUCUGAACUACUACAAGCCCGUGGUGUGGUUCUGGAUCCUGGUGGGCCUGGCCUACUUUGCUGCUGUGCUUAGUAUGAUUGGAGAUUGGUUCCGGGUCAUAUCCAAGAAAACUAAAGAGGAGGUUGGGGAGUUUCGGGCUCAUGCAGCCGAGUGGACAGCAAACGUGUCGGCUGAGUUUAAAGAGACACGGCGGCGACUCAGCGUUGACAUCCACGACAAGUUCCAACGCGCUGCUUCCAUCAAGCGCAGGCUGUCCUCCGAGCUAGGGAUCAACCAGGAGAUGACCCCUGGCAAGAGGUCGCUGUCCACCACGCUGUGUGAGGACAGGGAGGCCUACCCCAACUUGACUCUCUCCCUCAGUCCCGCCACAGGGUCCUUGGCCAGGAACGGCAGCCUGUACCUGAACGGCCUCAGCCCGGACUACGCUGACAGGCGGGAGUGCACCUUCAUCGAAAGUCUCAAUUAAGGAGCGGCGUGAAUAUGAGAUUUAGGGACAGCGGACAGGAGUUACAAACACAAAGGCCCUCUUGUGCUAAUUGAAUGAGCAUCUGUGAUACGGAAUAAUCCACUUGUGCCUUACGAAGAACGAAGCUGAACAUGUGAAGAUGAUGCAUGACGGACUGAGCUACACUUGUUUGUCCACUCACACUUGUUAUUUAUGAGCACAGUAGUAAAAAAGGCAUAUUCAUGAGGCUUCUUUGAAUAAAGACAAACGCAACAUUUUCAUUUAGGAAUUUAAAGUAUGCAGUAAAGGAACUGUUUCUUAACAACUGGGGAAAUGUCACCUCACUGUCUGCCAGUGCCAUUAGCCAUUUCACAGCAGUCCUAAUGUGUUAAAGGAGUUACAUUUACCACACAGAGCCCGGCUCACUGAUCACAACCCAUCUCCCUUAUACCAAAGUAAUGAUCCUAUUUCUCUGAAAGAGAAUCAGAGAUGCUGCGUUCAAAGGGUCGGGAGUGCUUCCAGUUAUUUCUUGAAAUUGAAUCCUAUGUUAUGUUUUUUUUUUCAUGAAACUGAUACAGAGAGCUUGGUGCAUCAUCACUGUCUGAUUUUUCCCCAGGAGGAAACAAACCAUAGCAUGUAUGUAACUGUGGCUUAUUCACGCUUUUCACAUAUUCUUUAUGCUUUGCCAAAACUGAAUGUACAUCAUCAGUGAGCUGUUUGCUGUCUCACUGCGGUCACUAAAUAUCCAGGCUCUGUUAGGUCUAUCAGUCGCAUCACGUUUAAUUAGAAGUGUUGAUUUAAAUAAACUCCUCUCUGCGGCUGAUUUAUAGUGCGUUGAUUAGAGAUGAUGUAAAUGGUAGGAAUGUCAUGGUGCAGUUCAUUUAAAUUACUUUUGUUGCCCGACAUACCACUGUUCGUGUUGCCAAAGCUUAUUUACAUUUAGAAAAUUAAUUAUAAUGCAUUACAAUUAAUAAAAUAAAAUACAAUUAAAUUGACAAAGUCAUUCAAGGUAAAGUUGGUGGAACACAUCUUAUUUUUAUAUUUAAUACUGAAAAUCAGGCAGAACAUCUUAUUUUAAUAUUUUAUACAGGCUUUUUUUUUCAAUUAGGAUGGGAAUUAACAGAUUUGUAUGACAUUUAAGGCUCUGGUUUCUCCAAGUUGAAGGGUUUGAAUUGUAUCUUAUGGAAUGUUUUUCUUUUUUUAAUCCAGUAUAAUAUGUCAUAUUCUCAAUAUGUUUGCUAGUGCUAUAGACAUUUUGUAGCAUUACAGUAAACAGUAAAUACAAUAUAGCGUGACUUACAAGACAGUAUGCUGUAUGUGGCCUAUCUGCUAUACCAAAUGUCUAUAAUGUAUGGGUUAUCAGGUGAAAAAGAGAAUAUGUUUUGCAUAAAAGUGUGGCAGGACAGAGGACCAGUUGCACCAGCUCUUCAUAGGUUAAAAAAUGUAACCUAAUUGUAACUUUAAAUGGAGAUUUAUUUUGUUGUAGUCUGUGACCAAUUGCCCAAAAGAGACCAAGUCUUACAUGGAGAUAUAUGUGUUGGUCAAAUCACACAAACGUAGCAAUGGAUUUAAGAAUGGCUGGUGGAACCCAGGUCACAAGUUUGCUCUCUUUCUCUGUUCUAAUUGUCCUGGUUUUCUUGAAAAGGUUGUCCUAAGGCUGAGUAUUGACUGUAAGAUCAUGAGCUGUCAUAUGUAAUCAAGUCAAAGAGGAUCCACAAAUUGUGAACAAAAUAAGGAAGAUAUACUCUAUCCAACAUGGUUGGCUUUCUAAAAAUACCAUUAUGCUAUUUCCUUGUGUUUCUCAGACGCAAUCAAUAGUAUCAAAACACACACAAUAUGUUACAGUGAGUUGCAACAGACUACUAGUACAUUUAUGCCUGGGGGAAAGCACUCCCAGCCUUAGUGCAGCUUCAAAGCGGAGCCCUCAGAAGUCGUCCCGUUGCUUUCUCCCAGCCGGCCGUGUGAUUGACAGCCACUGAAAGGCGAGCUGUCAGUGCUGCAGAGAGUCAAAGAGUGCUGUCGAUGGAGCGUUAUGUAAUAUGUCAGGCUAUUCUAGGCCAUAUAUAAGGAUACCCAUGCAUGAUAGGGUUUAUAGUAGAGUGUGUGUGCAAAAAUGAACGUGUGAGUGCGCAAGCCCAUGGGGUUUAUCAAAACUCAUUUAAUUUCCUCCCACAGUAUUUUCACGGGCAUCGUCUCCUUCUCCCAGGGUGACAGUUUUUAAUCAAGUCUUUGGCUGCAUCAAAAUCCCAGUUCAAGCAUGCUGAAUGUACCUAUCCAUUCAUGACGGCACAAAUGAGCUUUCUUAUUAAUGUAAACACAUUCAUGAUUUAACGCUGUGAUUUAUGCUGUGAUAUCAGCGGAAGGCUUUUUUAAGCCACUGCCCUCAUUUUAAUAAAAAGACCUGAGGCCAUAACAAUUAUGAUAACGGUGUUAUUUCAGACAGUUGUAAUUAAAAUGUGCAUCAGUGAGAUCCAUUAAAUCUUUGGUUUGAAUUUGGUUAACUUUCUAAAAUGUAUGCUUAAAAAUAUUUUCUAAAUGUGACGCAAUAUGUAUAGGUAAACAAAAUUAACAGUUUACUCAGUUUUUAAUUGCCAAUAACCCAUUUGUAGAAAUGCGCAAAUAUACAUGUAAUGGGUUAUGAACGCACAUGCACAUUUUAUAAAUCAACAUGAUUUCAGUGUUGCAUGCCACUCUAAAUGUUAGUUCCAGUUAUAGCUCAGGUGCGUCAAUAAUUGCUGGCUUUGCUUUUGGCAACCAUAUGUUUCAAGUAUGUCCAUAUGUAAAUGUCGGUGUGUCGACUCAAAUCAUGA